AAUUGGGGCAAAGGUAACGGGAACGAUUCCCGAUUCGGCGUAGAAUGUGCACACUGAGGUUGCAGGGUGUUCAAUAAAAUAUCAAAAAGCGCUGUUUCACCAGUGUAAUUGCAUAACCGUUCCUGGUUUAGGAUUAUUAUACUGAUCCGUCUCGUUGAGCUGAAAUAAUGGAUAGUCAGAUCUUCGAGUCCGCUGCUGAGCGGACGUUCCAGUAUCAGAGCAGCCUUCCUCCUCUACCUGUGCCCUCUCUACAGUGCACACUAAGCAAAUACCUGGAUGCAGUUAGGCCUUUCGCAUCUGAGGAGGAGUUUCGAGCCACAGAGGCCAUCGUGAAGCGCUUUGAGAGGGGUGCCGGGCAACUGCUCCACCAGAAGCUUCUACAAAGAGCCAAAUCCAGGUGCAACUGGCUUGAGGAUUGGUGGCUAGAUUCGGCAUAUCUAGAGUUGCGCAUCCCCUCUCAGCUGAAUGUAAAUUUUGGGGGACCUACAGCCUACCUGGAGCACUGCUGGCCUGCAUGCGAGGGAGCCCAGCUGGAGAGGGCCAGCAUGGUUUUGUGGAUCACCCUCCAGUACUGGGAGCUUAUCCGCACGGAAAGGCUUGCCGUUCAUAAAGCAGGAAGUACGCCCUUUGACAUGGAUCAAUUCCGCAUGCUCUUCUGCACCUGUAAAGUGCCUGGUGUUACUAAAGACACCAUCCUCAACUUCUUCAAAACAGAGAGUGAGGGACCAUGUCCUUCUCAUAUAGUGGUGAUGUGUCGGGGGAGGGUAUUUACAUUUGAUGGACUCUGUGAUGGACGUAUCCUCACUCCUCCAGAGCUGUUGAGGCAACUCACUUACAUUAAAGAGUGCUGUGAUGGAGAGCCAGAGGGGGAUGGAGUGGGUGCUCUGACCACUGAGGAAAGGACCCGCUGGGCCAAGGCACGGGAGUAUUUGAUCUCCAUCGAUCCUGUAAAUAAGAACAUAUUGGAGACUAUUCAGAGUUCUCUAUUUGUACUCUCCCUGGACGAUGACAAAUCCUAUUCCACCCCUGAAAACUACUCAAAGUUAACCCAGCUGGCAUUGACUGGUAACCCCACUAUCCGCUGGGGUGAUAAAUCCUACAAUCUGCUCUCCUUCUCAGAUGGGACCUUUGGUUCAAAUUGUGAUCAUGCCCCCUAUGAUGCCAUGGUGUUGGUGUCUCAUGGCUACUACAUAGAUCAAAAGCUGAAGGCCUGUGGUGGGGUAUGGAAGGGUUCAGAGGUUGUGCGUGAUCUGCCUCUUCCAGAGGAAUUGAUUUUCACUGUGGACGAAAGAGUCAGAAGGGACAUCGCCCUGGCUAAAGAACAAUACAGCAAAAGUUCUCAGGACCUGCAGGUUGUCUCCUAUGCCUUCACCUCUUUUGGAAAAGCAGCCAUUAAGAAAAGAAAGCUCCACCCAGACACGUUUGUACAGCUUGCUUUGCAACUAGCCUACUACAGACUACAUGGAAAACCUGGUAGUUGCUACGAGACAGCCACCACACGGCGAUUCUUCCAUGGACGCACAGAGACCAUGAGGCCUUGCACUGUGGAGGCCCAGCACUGGUGCAGAAUGAUGCUCAACCCUGCAGCCACUAGAGAAGAGAAAAGACAUGCCCUAAUUGCAGCCUUCAACAAACAUAACAAAUUGAUGGGAGAGGCACAGAAUGGAAAAGGCAUUGACAGACACCUCCUGGGCAUGUACCUGAUUGCUAAGGAGGAGGGUCUUCCUGUGCCUGAACUGUACACAGAUACACUCUAUGCUAAAAGUGGAGGAGGAGGGAAUUUUGUGCUUUCUACUAGUCUUGUGGGCUACACUACAGUGCUGGGAGCAGUUGCACCAAUGGUGCACCACGGAUAUGGAUUUUUCUACCGUAUCCGUGAUGACAGAAUUGUUGCAUCCUGUACCGCUUGGAAGUCCAGUCCAGAAACAGAUGCUGAAACCUUUUUCCAGAACCUUUGCACUUCUUUCCAUGACAUUAUGCAUGUCACCACCCUCUCCCAACUGUAAAGGAAAGCAUUCUUAGAAGUAUAUACUAACCUCACUGUUUUAGUUAUGCUAUUGGACAGUGGAGUUCUACAGGGCCUAGAUGUCUCAGGCAUGACCUCACUUUGAUUGCUAUCUGCUAUCAACAUAUGACUUAAUCUGCCAUAAACCAGGAUGUGUCUAGAUUUGAAAAGGGUGACUUGCUUCCUUUUAUGGUUCUAUUUAGAGUUGUAAAUACUUGACUAUUGCAGAGAAAUCGGAAGUUUCUUUGGGCAAGAAUCAUAUUGAGAUGAUUGUUGAUUUUUCAGAAAUAUCUUGAAUAGUUUAGUACAGCAGGUGCUUUAAACUUUCACGUGCCUUCAGUUAGUCAUGUAUAAUGUAUAGUUUAAAUCAGGAAAUGCUGAAGAUUUCUAACCUAAUGUUUUUGCCCUACAAUAAUAGGAAUACAAUAAACAGAAUUAUUAAUAUAGUGUCAUAGGAAACUAAUGCGCAAGCAUCAUUCAUAACUACACUUGAGGGAGAUGCACACAAUGCAGUUUUAUUUUAAGACGGACAAUAAAAUGCCUCAAGAGACAUGGGCGAAAAAUGGCCCAUGUUUUUGGAACUUGAACAUGGCCUAUUUUAUUGAUAUACUGUUUUAUUUAAAAUACCACACCAGAAUGCUAAGAACUCGUCUGACUGAAUGGCAAGGAACCGCUUGAUAAUAGCACAGCCUACAUGAUGGUUUAUAUGUGAUUUUAGAGCAGAUGAAGAGGUUUUUUUUUUUUUUCAAAGAUAUGCUCCUUAAAAUGUAAUACAUAUAUAGUGUUUCACAUCACCUCACAUUGUUAAUUAUGCACAAAUCAAUGCAAUGGUAAAAACAAACAAACAAUGCAGACAAUUAAUUCCUCUUUAUUUUCUUUAUUUUUUUCAUUUUAAAAAUCGUUUUCAAACUUUAGUGUGGUUAAUUGCACUAGAGGUCAGUCUUAUUUGCACCAACAGAAUAUAAAUUAAUGUUUUAUAUUGUGGAUAUAUGUGCUGAUGUAAAAACAUUUUACUGUUUAUAAACACUUUUUUUUUUUUUUUUUUUUUUUGUAGAUUUAUCCAACCAAAUAAAUAAUGUAAAUUAGUUUGCACUCUUCUACAGUUCUUAGGGAACAUUGACAGUGUUCCUGAGUGGUCAUUUCAAUAGUUUUGUAAACCUGUUCCACAUUGUUAAUCAAACCUUACUUCAAGGAAUGCAUGUCGAUAUGAAUGUGAAUUGUCAACAACUUUACAAAGCUUACAAGUGUGCUCUUUGCCAAUUAAAUACGUAAAUACCCCCAACAAUGCAAGUAUUGAAAAGAAGCGCUUUUGUUGUCAUGCUGUGGAUGGAAGAACUACGUUUAGGAUUCUGGUUGUCUAAUUUCAAAAUGUUACCAUUCCAAUUUGACUCCUCAUUGUUUAAACUUCAGAUAUCCUGACCUGUAUGCAAGCAAUGAAUAAUCCAUGUGUUUGUGUAGUCAUGUCAGCAACCCCCAGAUAUCGUGCAGAAAUAUAUUAUCGAUCAAGAUUUUUUUCCAGUAGCAGAUUACCCCUUUAAUCACCUUUAUUACACCUCAAAUCUAAAUUCUUGCUUGAUGCAUACGUUUGUUUUCUAUUUUAAUUUGUCAUGUUACCUUGACUAUGAGAGCCCUCUGGUUCUGAUUUCAUAAGCAUCUCAGUUUGAAACCAAAUUUUUUGUUAAAGGCUUAUAGAUCCCACGUGUGAACUUUAUUUUACAUAUAAAUAAAUGCAACAAAUCAUUAAA